GCCGGAAGUUUUUCUUCUCCUGUCCCCAAAGCGAGGAAGCUAUGGCGGGGGACACCUCAACGGAGCUUCUUUUUCUCGAUACAUUUAAGCAUCAAAGCGCUGAGCUAACCAACGUGGAUGUAGUGCGGUUUCCUUGCGGGGUUUUGGUCACAGAGGUUCGGGUGAUUCCUCCAGGGAUCAAAGCUCACAGUAACUUACCUGACAACAGAGCAUUUGGGGAGACUUCACCUCACGCUUUUCAGUUGGAGCUGUUCUUCAACAAUGUCACCAAACCCAACAGCCCCACCUUCCACAGGCUGGGCAGUUUGGAAUAUGAUGAAAACAAGUCCAUAGUCUUUAGGCCCAGCGGAAAGGUGAACACAGAUGGGCUGGUGCUUCGCGGAUGGUACACCAGCCUGACUUUGGCGGUCUACGGCACCGCUGAGCGUCCUCACGGACACGACCACGGUUCGCCUCCUCCACCGCCACCGCCUCCCCCGCAACAACCAACUGGACUCAAGCGGAUUGUCAAACAAGAAUGGGAAAAAGAUGACCAGUAUAACGGCAGCCCCCCCAGACCAGCACCCAAAGGCCCUCGCACUCCGCCUGGACCUCCACCCCCAGAUGACGAUGAGGAGGAGCAAGUCCCAAUGGCAGUGGGCGUGGUCAAAGAUGAACCCAGCCAGGGCCGUGACGACUACCUAGAAGCCGUGUCGCCUGAGCGAUCGCUGCCUGCCGACGAGCCUUUCUCCGACGCCGAACAAGAGGAGGAAGGGGAAGAGGAGGAGGAAGAGGAAGUGCAGGAGGACGAAGAAGCACGGACAGAGGGGAGCGUCCCAGAGGAGGAGGAAGACGAGGAGGAGGAGGAUGAGGGUGAUGACGGCUAUGAGCAGAUUUCCAGUGAUGAGGACGACUUGGACAACGGCAGCUUCAAGCUGCCCACCUUCGACAUCGACUACACGCCCGAAGACCUCGCCUCUGUCCCUCCCGUCCAGUACGAUCCAUAUGAACGAGAACUCAAACCACUCGUCUACUUCACGCCGCCUUACAAGACUCGCUUCGACACCCAGCUGGAGAAAACCAGCGUAGAGGAGCCCAGAGACGCUGGUGAGACAGAAGGAGCAGCUGGCGGAGAGGAGGCUGAGGCCGUCGCUCAGCUAAAGGAGCUACUGGCUGGUAGCGGUGAGGACAGAGACGCUCGAUGGGUCACCGCUCUGGAGGAAGCUCCUGGACUCCUCAACAAGGGUUUAGCUUAUCUAAUUAAGCAAGGAGAAGCUGAGGAGCCUGUUCGCGUUUUAGUCCUGUGGACUCUCCAGGCUCUGAGCAUGGAGAUUGCGCUCACGCAGCCGAUCGCACUGAACCUCAGACAAUUAAAAGCCGGCGCAAAGCUGGCGUCCUGCCUGGCCGAGUGUCCGCUGGGCCUGACGGAGCUGCUGCGCGAAGGCGCCCUGAACGUGUUGCUGGAGCUGCUGCAUGCUGACCACGUCUCCUCCACCCUCAAGCUCAGCUUCCUCAGAGCUCUGGACGCUCUCAUCAGCGCCCCCGCAGGAGUCGAGGCGUUCCUGCAGGCUGGAAAUUCAGGGAAGAGCGGCUAUCAGCGUCUGGUGCAGCUGUUCCUGCGUGAGGAAACCGUCCGGGUGAUAAAUGCAGGCAACGCCAUUUUACAGAAGAGCCACAUGUAUGAGGUGCUUGUCAGCCUCCGACAUGCAGCCGCGGCGUGGAGCGAACCACAACAGGAGGAGAUGGAGGAUGCUGAGAGUCCCAUGGAGGAGGAGCCAUCACUGAGCUCCGCCCCCGUUAGCGAGGCCGAGCUCGAAAGGCUUGCUGGGGUUUUGGAAGAGCUUCAUCACCUGCUGGAGACGGCGCCUCACUGCAUGGUGCAGCCCCCUGGGAAAGCGUUCCCAACUACGGCCAGAAUAACCGGACCGCCAGAGAGGGACAACCCUUACCCGACCCUGUACAGGUACAUGCACGCAUGUCAUUUCCUGGAGAGCACAAUUGUGGUUCUGUCAGCGGCCGCUGCAGUCGGACAUGUCGGGAUCACUCAGGCCAUCAAAGAGCUCCUCCGCUUCCUGUCGCUCACUCAGUCGGGUCUGCUCUACCUCCUGGCCCAGGCCGCGCCCACAAACCUCCUGCUGCGUCUGCUGGCGUCGGUGGCAGAGUCCGAGGGCGAGGAGAGCCCGCCAGCAGCAGGGGAGGGGGCCCUCACGGGGCCGGGCUUCGGCGAAGAAGGCUUUUGCGUGUGGCUGAUGCAGGCUCUCCACGCUCUGCAGGGCGUGUCCGAACUCAUGAGCCAUGUGGCUGCAGGGGGGGAUGGAGGGGAGGGCUUGGAGGAAGGGGACAACUCUGAGGUGCUGGGCACGCUCCAUGCUCUGUACCUGAUGACGUUCACGCAGACGGGCCGCAGCGCCGUGGCUCACGUUCUGAGCCUGGAGAGCAACCUGUCCUGCCUCGUCAGCCUGCUGCAGCACCACAGCAAGGAGGCACAGGGCGAGGCCAAAUCUCGUAAAGCGGUGACGUAUAACUACGCUUGUAUGUUGGUGUUAAUGGUGGCGCAGACGUCUAAUGAGCUGCGGAUGAUGGAGCAAUAUGCUGCUCCGCUGCUCACUGUAGCCAAGGCGGACGACACGAAUGCCAAGCUGCAGGAGCUCAGUAAAUGGUUGGAGCCUCUGGAGAAACUUCGCUUUGAGAUCAGCAGCAUUCCGAUUCUCAUCAACUACAUCAAGCAGAAUGUGGAAAAUGUGUUGAACGCCGAGGGAACUGGGCUGGUCACCGCUCUGAGAGUUCUCUAUCACAUCGCCUGUCCGCCUCCUGCUGUUGAAGGUCAGCAGAGGGAUCUGAAGUGGAACCUUGCAGGCGUCCAGCUGUUCUCCGGCGAGGGUCUGGACACGUGCGUGCGCAUCCUCCAGAAGCUGUGCGGCGUGCUGCUGCAGCCGUGGCGCGUUCAUGGGCACAUGGGUCCGACGCCGCAGCGCUGCAUGAUCCUGAGCGUGUGCAUCAGCACGCUCAGGCUGCUGCGCACCAUGCUGACGGAGCUGCUCCGCGGCGGGGCCUUUCAGUUCAGAGAUACGCGCGUGGCCAGCGUUCUGGUGACGCUCCACAUGAUGGUGUGCUCCAUUCCGGCAUCUGGGCGUCUGGACGGGGAGGAGACGAGAGUGCAGGCGCUCAUCGUGGACGUGCUGCUCACCUUCACGCAGGGCGUCAGCGAAGAGGUCACUCACACAGAGGAGACUCUGGCCAGUAACACCUGGUCUCUGAUGCUCAAGGAAGUCUUGAAUUCCCUUUUAAAAGCUCCUGAAGGUUUGUUCUCUGGCCUGACGCUGCUGUCCGAACUCCUGCCUCUUCCUCUGCCGAUGCAGAGCACUCAGGCGUUAUCAGUCCAAGAUGUUGCUAUCGCCUUAAACACCCGGAAGCUGUGGAGCAUGCACAUCCGGGUCCAGUGGAAAGUUCUGUCGGAGGUGCUGAGGUGUGUGUGCUCCACCAGCUGCCCGCCUCUCCUGACCAUGCUGAGGAGGGUCUGCGUCCAGCUGGCUGACCUGUCCUCGCCCACCGCGACGCUCGUCAUGAAGACGGUGUUGGAGCUGCUGUCUGAGGAGCUGCAGCCGGCCGAGGGGAAAAGUGUUUGCUGGGGGCAAGUCCUGCGUCUGCUGUCGCUGCUGGACGCUCUGGUGUCGCAGAGGGCCUGUAAGAGCUCCACCCUUCACCUGCUGUCCGGCUCUGUCUCUGGAGACGAGCAGGUGGCAGAGCUGUUUCCUCUGCUUCUGUCUCUGCUGGUGCCCCCAGCUGGUCACUCGCUGCAACAGCAACAGUGCAGUGUGUUAGUGGGGACAAUACUGCAGUCGCUGUGUGACCAGGACAUUUCUCUGGUGGUGGCGCCACCCGGUGAGGGCUGCGUGUCGGAGGCUGAGCAGCUGGCUAAUGCACUUCCAGGCCGAGACAUGAUGUCUUCGGUGUGUAAUUCCCUGUUAGAGGUUUUAGGGAAUAAAGAGGCCAGCAUCCCUCUGCUUCUCACCUGCAUCAGGACAUUGACUUUCCUCACAGAGCACGACUACGGAAUCUACCACCUCAAAGUCACCUUGAGGAAACAUGCUCCGGAGGUGUGCUCGCUGCUGAAAAGGCUGGUGGUUUCCUUCAACAAGGACUCGACGGAUCUGAUUUCAGCUCUGCUUGACUUUCUGAGGCAAAUCCUAAACACGGAAACAACGUGUGCAGAGGAAGGCCAGGGCUCCAGUGAGGAACCUGCCUGUGUUGCUCCACGCUUGCUGUCGAGCUCAGAGAUGAAAUCUCUGCUGCAGUUUGAAGACUCAGAGUCACACCCGCUAACGGCCUUAGAGAAGCUAAUCACGAAAUUAUGUAAAGAAGACGACUCACUGGAAACCAUGAUGGAGAACGUGGUUGUUCUGAAGCAGACGCUGGAGACGGCCACAGAAAGUCCUCCACCGUCGGAAACCGAACCCGUUCUGCCCGCACCCGAAACGCUGGCAACCCAGUUCAACCACAGGACAGUGUUUAUUCUGUCAGAAGCUCUGGAUGAGCAGCUCAAAGCUCUCUGGUUCUCUCCUUUCCAAACUGAUGACAUAGAAACAGAUCUAGACAUGGUGAAGGUGGAUCUGGUGGGCUUGGCUCAGGAGUGCUGUCCAGAGCUGGACCUGAAGGCCGAGCUGGAGCGCUCCUUCCUCUCUGAGCCGUCCUCUCCCGGUCACACGAAGGUCUCCAAAGGUUUCCGACUGGGGAAGCACAAACACGAGACGUUCAUCACAUCCAGCGGUAAAUCCGACUACAUCGAACCUGCUAAAAGAGCCCACAUCCUGCCGGCGCCCCGCGGCCGUGGAGGUCGAGGAGGGUUUGGUCAGAACAUCGCCCGGCCCCACGAUAUUUUCCGGCUGCGCAAACAGAACACUUCCCGCCCUCCCAGCAUGCAUGUGGACGACUUUGUGGCAGCAGAGUUUAAAGACAUUGCUAACCCACUUGGGAUUCUGCCUCCCAAACGUCUGCCAAAAAGCACUCCCAAGCCCCCCACCAGAGGGCUGUUUACCGGCAACAGAGGCAGAGCGGCCUUUCACAGCCAAACUCGCUUUUUCACCCCACCGCAGCCUAAAGGUGUUCUGCUAUCAGGUAACUACGCUCGGCGAGAGGGAGGCCGGGGGUCGUCAUGGAGCGGCCAGGUUCCUGCUGUGACCCACAGAGGAACCUACAGUGAACCCCGCGGAGGUCAGAGCAACUUCGCCCGAGGGCCUCUGCCUUCCCGACAGCUGCCUGCGAGUGCUUAUCGGCUGGCCAUUCGGGAUCGAGCCCCGCGGGGCCGGGGAGGUACGGGACUGUCGUGGCUCGGUGCAGGGGGAGGCGCCGGCGCUGCAGGAGGAGGAGGGGGAGGAGGAGGAGGAGGAAGGGGGUCUCAAGGGAGCAAGUUCAGUGGUGGGGGAGGCAGUGGAGGUGGGAGGGGCAGACAUGUGCGCUCUUUCACCAGGUAAAUCCACCUGGGUAGUGACUUCAGCCUCGUGGGCUACAAAUGGACCAAUUAGGAUUCAUGCUUGCCGUCUCCAUGGAAACGUCUUGGUUUUGGUGUGGCAAUGACUUCGUUGAUUUGUUUUUUGUUUUAGAAUAAAGGUGGCAGUGACUGA